AUGCAGGCUACAAACUUGGAUGAUAGUAAGCCUCAAACACCAAGAAUCAAUGAAAUCAAGCUGCUCGGGAAAAAAGGCUCGAGAACAGAACAGAAGCCGGGUCAAUCGUCGUUGUUUCUGUUCCUCUUCGGGCGGCUCCUCGAACACCUACCAUGGGUGCGGGACAUACGCUUCCAAGGCAAUGCCAGGAGUGCGGCAGGACACGCUGGUGCAGGAGCAGGACUGAUCAAGCUUGUCCUGGGGAUAGUUGUGGGCAUCGUUGCCACGGUAGCAAUAACCAUCGCCCUGCUGACUGCCAAGGGAUCACCAACUACAACAACAAAAGUAGAAGAGGUAUCCGGAAACAAGACCGCUAAUGAUACAGAGGCGCCUAAAACAUCGUCCGCCAAGGGACCCGGCAAGGAAGAAACUACCACCAAACCUGCUCCUCAGCCUACUCCUCCUGAUAAGUUGCAGGUCUCUCAGCAUUCUGACCCCUUGGGUCUGACCUACGGGUACACUCUUAGAAAAGGUUGUAAAAAAGUAGUAAGAGCCGUCGUUACUACUGUUCUCCUUCAGUUACUUUUUCAUAUGGUUACUACCGUUUCACAACCUACCAAUCGUUGACAGGUAGUAGCAGACGUGGUUACCACAAAUGAGCUACUUUACAACCACAGCAGGUAGUAACAGCAGUUCAGGGAUGUAUGCAUGCAUCGUGCUGCUUGCUUCCCCUGAUAAACAAGUGUAGGGCUGCACUUAUUCAACCUGAUACGCUCUAGAGCUAGGUGAAGACACUGCUUUAUUAUAUAUCUGUGCAGGGUUUAAUCAACUUUCCAUUGUCAGUUAUUUGACUCCACAUUCUCGAUAUGCAGUUAGGUCAGUAGUAUAGAUCCGGGGCACACAACAGGCACUUUUUCCUAAUACAGUUCUAGAAAUUUCUAAUCCAAUGCCAGCCAAUUCUAAUCCAGGUCAUUGCACUUCUUGUUCCUCUGUUUGGUCGGUCAGCUCCGCCCCUUCACGCCGAUUGAUCUAUCCAGGCUCCACGCCUUCACAGUGACCCAUACAAUGCCUACUUGAUUGGCUACCCUUCAUUGCCACUCGGUCAACUCAUUCGCUCUUAGGCACCAAAAUGGUCACUUCCAUUCAUUUCUAAACCUAGUGGUUCACUCAGGACAGUCUAUUCUAUUAAUUUCUAAGUCUACUCAUAGGCCCCCCAAAUUGCUCACCUCUCUAUUGAUCCAGGGACUCAAUUUCUGAACC